AUGGCAUAUCUGAGCUUUCGGCCAAAAGGUGAUGUGAGCAUCUGCUUCGCAACCAGAGUUGUGAGCUAUCCCAUGCAGCACGACGACAUUUUGGAUGAUGCAAUGCAGGAGCAGGGCUCGCUUCCACCUCGUGCAACCACCUGGGAGCUCAGCUCCUUCGGCUUACGGUCCGUUCCCUGUGACAUCAAAGAACGGGCCAGAUGGCGUUGCUGGAUCAAGGCAGAUGGCAGGCAGUGCAUUGGACGCGCCAGAGGUCUUGGCCCACAAGUCUGCAAGCGGAAUUGGUUUCUCUCGAGUCGGCUCGAGCAGUUGGUAGGGCUGGGGGUGGAAGCCGAUCCUGUAGGGAUGUCCUUUGCAUCGCAGAUUGUUGUGGACUGCCGUGGGCAUUUGCUGGGUCGCCUGGCAUCUGUGCUGGCGAAGGAGCUGCUGAAUGGACAGCACGUCGUGUGCGUCCGUUCCGAAGACGUCAACAUCUCUGGCUCCCUGUAUCGCAACAAGCUGAAGUACGCGGCCUUCAAGAGGAAGCACAUGAACUCCAACCCUCGACAGGGGCCUUUCCACUACCGAGCACCCUCCAAGAUCCUUUGGCGCACCAUCCGUGGAAUGGUUCCCCACAAGACCGCCCGUGGCGCAGCCGCCCUGGACAGGCUGAAGACCUUCGAGGGCAUCCCUCACCCCUACGAUCGCAAGAAGCGAAUGGUGGUCCCCAGCUGCCUGAAAGUCCUCCGCCUGCGCCCCGAGCGGCGCUUCUGCCGCCUCGGCGACCUCUCCAAGGAGGUGGGCUGGAAGCACGGAGCCCUGAUCGAGCGCCUGGAGUCACAGCGAAAGGUGAAGAGCGAAGCCUUCCACAAGAAGAAGACGGCGACCCUGAGGGCCAAGAACGAGGCCAAGAAGGCUGUGAAGCUCUCUGCGGACGACAUGAAGGCGCUUGAGGAUGCAGGCUACGCAUGA